CAUACCUUAAGAGUUAUCAUCCUCUAAUUUACCUUUUUUCUUCUCCAUUCAACUUUCUAUAUAAAGCAAAGUUACAAAGACCUUUUACACUUGAGAGACCCCGGCCUAAGAGAGAAAGAGCAUAAAUAAGGAAAACGGCAAAGACAUCUUCCCAAGUUGGUGGAGUUUGCAGUGUGUAUCUCUGAACUCAGAGCAGCAAGCUGUAUUUUUAAAUUGUGUCAGACAGACUUAUGUAUUACCACAACCAGCACCAAGGAAAGAGCAUCCUCUCUUCAUCGAGAGUGCCUAUUCCUUCUGAAAGACAUCAGUUCCUACGAGGAAAUGGCACGGGAGAUUCUGGUCUUAUCCUCUCGACCGAUGCUAAGCCACGACUAAAAUGGACUCUGGAUCUUCACGAGAGAUUCGUUGAAGCAGUCAACCAGCUCGGAGGAGGAGAAAAGGCUACUCCAAAGACAAUUAUGAAAGUCAUGGGUAUUCCAGGCCUUACUCUAUACCAUCUCAAGAGUCAUCUUCAGAAAUAUAGGCUGAGCAAGAAUCUUAAUGGACAAGCUAACAGCGGUAUGAACAAGACAAGUGUGAUGACUAUGGUAGAGGAAAACGCUUCUGAAGCAGACGAAAGUCACAGCGAGAGUUUAAGCAUUGGACCACAGCCGAGCAUAAACUUGCCCAUAAGUGAUGCGCUUCAAAUGCAAAUAGAGGUUCAAAGAAGGCUACACGAGCAACUUGAGGUACAGCGACAUUUGCAGCUCAGGAUAGAGGCUCAAGGGAAGUACCUUCAAGCGAUUCUGGAGAAAGCACAAGAGACUCUUGGAAGACAGAACCUAGGUCCUGCUGGGAUCGAAGCAACUAAAGCUCAACUCUCAGAGUUAGUAUCUAAAGUGUCAGCAGAAUAUCUAGACACUAGCUUCCUAGAACCUAAAGAAGUUCAGAGCCUGCCUCAUCAUCAACAGAUGCAAACGACCUAUCCACAAAACUCCUCCCUGGAAAGUUGCAUAACCUCAAGUGAAGGAAACCAUAAAGCUCCAAAGAUGAUUGAGAACAGACUCGGAUUAAGAACAUAUAUUGGAGAUUCAACUUCAGAGCAGAAAGAGAUAAUGGAAGAACCAUUCUUCCAUAAAGUGGAGCUCACGUGGGGAGAAGAAGAAGGCCUCAGAGAUAGUAACAGGCCGUAUCUCUCCACAAUACGCCAUAACAACGCAGAACCGAGAACCUCAAGAAGCCCUGGAGGAUUGUCGAUGGGAGUGGGGUUACAUGAACAACACAGAGGAGGGAGCAGCAACAGUGGUUACACAGAGGAAAGAUUCAACGAGAACGGCCAAGAUUGCAAGCUUGAAACACGCACCAGAACAGCUCUUGAUCUUAACACACGUGACGACAACUACGGCACGACGCGUCCGAAACAGUUUGAUUUGAAUGGUUUCAGCUGGAACUGAGAUGAAGAAGUCUAAAAGCUAAAAAGACUGCACCAAACCUCAGAAUUGAAUUAUUAGUUGAACCAACUUAAGACAUCUUGUGCAAAAUGUACACUACUAUAUGCGUAGUUAUUAUAUAUAUCUCAUAUAAUACAGAUCCACUUGAGAAAUAACAUUAUUGAAAAUUGCUUACUUCUCAACACUACAAUCAAAGUUAGUGUUUUUAAUUGAUGACAUGUAAAUGUGACAUGUCAAACUUUCUAAAAUAAACUAAAUGUUUUGAU